CGCCCCAACCCAUUGAGACGCUUGGCUGCUGCUGCACGCCGCACAUAAACAUCUUUAUGAUAUAUUGCCUCCCUAAAAACAACGGCACCGAAGUCAGACAAAAACAAGAUGCCUUUGCCUGUGCAAGUGUUUAACUUCCAGGGGUCUGUGGAGCCCAUGCAGAUUGAUGCAGACCCCCAGGAGGACCAGCAGAAUGCUCCAGACACCAACUACAUAGUGGAGAACCCAACACUGGACCUGGAGCAGUAUGCCACCAGCUACAGUGGAUUAAUGCGCAUCGAGAGGCUGCAGUUUAUCGCAGAACAUUGCCCUCAGCUCCGAGUGGAAGCCCUGAAGAUGGCCCUCACCUUCGUCCAGAGGACCUUUAACGUCGACACUUACGAAGAGAUCCACCGCAAGCUCACAGAAGCCACACGAGAAGUGCAGGGUGUGCCAGACACAGUACCUGAAGGUGGGGUUGUUCCUCCUCCUCUGGACUCAGCCUGGGCUGAGUCCACCAGGAAAAAGGCUCUGCUUAAACUGGAGAAACUGGAUACUGAUCUCAAGAACUAUAAGGGGAACUCCAUUAAAGAGAGCAUCAGGAGAGGCCAUGAUGACUUGGGGGACCAUUAUCUGGACUGUGGUGACCUCAGUAAUGCCCUCAAGUGCUACUCCCGAGCCAGAGACUACUGCACCAGUGCCAAGCACGUCAUCAACAUGUGUCUGAAUGUCAUCAAGGUUAGUGUUUACCUCCAGAACUGGUCCCAUGUAUUGAGCUACGUCAACAAAGCCGAAUCCACGCCAGAGAUAGCAGAGCAAAGAGGAGAGCGUGAUAGCCAAAAUCAAGCAGUCCUCACCAAAUUAAAGUGUGCUGCAGGUAAGACGGAGUUAUGCUCUGUGAUAAAUAGUCCUGGGGUCUCAUUUAUAACCGUUGCGUACGCACAAAACGGGCUGAAAGUGGCGUACGUGACUGUUCCACGCCAAGGUUGUGAUCUAUAA